AUGAGUUUACCCGAAACUCCCUCCAACGCUCACGAUGUCUUUGAGAAGCUUGAGACGUACAAUUGGGACGACGAUGUCGAGUUUCAAUCUGGAUUGAGCGCGAUUCUUGGGAAUAACUGCCCGCCGGAGCAAGCUGCGGAACUGACGCUGCGGGCGAGAUGUUUUUACUACUCUAGAAAACACAAUGUGAACAUCGACUUCGACGCCUACAGGGCAUAUCACAACGCUCGAUCAUCGAACGGUGCCCCAUCCGGAUCAACGUCCACGGAAGAAUCUGCCGGCGGUAUCCUACCCACUCCAGCAAAUGCAAACGAGCCUCCCGUGCCAUACCCUUCCUCCUUCGCGCACAUUGUAGAACUCAUCACAACAGGCCAACCCAUCCCGGGUAUAAGAGAGAUACCGAACACAGUCCUCACCGGGCAGGGAUCAGCGCCCGCGAAACCAAAGCGAAGGAAGCCAUGGGAAAAGGACGAAACAUCGCCAGCACCUGGCCAGGAACCAGCAGCUACAUGA